GUCUAUAGGUUGUAUUACUAUAAGGGCUAAAAGGACCAUACAUUUGUUACUUCAAAAUAGCGUCAGAGUCACUCAUCUUAAAGAUGGCAUAAAGCAUUCUGGUCUGGAUAAUGUCAUUUUAUAGUUAUAUGGCGUAAUGUCGGAAAGCGGUUUGUCAUUUGGGAUUUACACAAAAUUGUCUCCGCCUCUCGGUAUUUACGCGAAGACUCCAGUCAGAGAUUCCCUACGAAGAGUCCCGACGAGUCAGUUCGACACGACGGAACACCGCAGGAUACUCGCAAUCAUGAAUAAAGAACAAAGCGACAGUGAUGUCCAGAUCCCUCCUGAAGACAGUUUGGAGUUUAGGCUCCUGAUGGCCUACACACGCAAGAGACGACCGGCAGACUCCCGCCUGCAGAAGACCAGCACCGAGCAAAAGACUUCUACACAAGAAGACAACAUUGAACGCAGUAGAAAGAAAAGCAAAAGGUUUAAGAAUAGGUUUUCUUGGUUGGGGAAGUGUAUUAAACCGAAGACAGAUGACCCCAUCGAUUCCAAUGACACACGACAGCCCGCUGCACUAUGUUCAGAUUCUGACGUGGAUGGUGUAGAGGACAUGGCCAAUAAACUUACAGAGUUAUCAAACGCUGUCCACUUUCCAGAGUCAAGCAAACUUGAAUCAGAUGCAAGUAGUAGUCAAGAUGAGGCUCUUUUACAGAGAAUUGUGGAUCUCCUAAAAGAACAUGGUGAUCGACUGAACGAAGAGAUCAUUGCAGACAAGGUGUUGAGUGAAUCUCUGCGGGCUUCACUGACGUACGGCUUCUUCAGACGAGUGAUGGAAGCAUUCUGCAAUAGUGCCGCCACUCCAGAGCUCCCUCCACAACAAGAACCUGAGAAAACCACAGUAGCUAUGAUCUGUGAAGCCACCAGUAAACUCUUCGGCGUGGACCACCAUCCAAUGACCCGAGUGCUUGGCUUUGGGGCCAGGUAUCUCCAAGACAAAUUCCCCAUGUGGAUUAGCAGGAAUAUAGACAAUGCAGAGGUUGAGGAUGAAGAAGAGGUACAUUGAGCAGAGCUGAUGUUCUCCACACAUUCCAUGUGUUUCUCAGGGGCGCGGUCACUUUAUUCAUGUGGAGAAAAAUGAUUUUUAAAAAUGUUUUUUUUUCAGUAUGAGAUCAGUGAUUCAGCAUGUUUUUCCAAGUGAACAUCACAGAUCAGAGGAAGUAGUUAAUAAAGCAAUAAAAACAUUAAGAGUGAUAUCAAUACUGCCUCCAAAAUGAUACCAAAGGCACUGUAAAAUUUAAAAACAAUAAAACAGGGAUUUUUCAAUUUUUGUAAUUGUGAUUAUAUUUUGGAAAGUGAUUUGUGGAAUGCUUAAUUUUGUUAAAAUGUACUAUGCAUAAUUUUGUUGUUUAAUAUUUAUUUUCUUUGCUGUCUGAAACGUUAUGCAUCUUUGUUAAUAUGUUUAUUUAAGAAUCUCAUUGUUUUGUAAAUUUUCCAAUUAAAACACCAAUAAAUAGCUAUGGAGAUUAUUUUA